GACGCCGUACGGUGGCGCGGAGGAUGUCGCCGGGGUUUUAGCAGCGAGCGAGUCUAGAAGGGCUUCGGGAGCUGCGUGGAGAAUCGUUUCUGUAAUCCGACUCCCGGAGUCCCGAGGAGGGGGACCCUUGCAGCCGUCACCAUGGUGAAGGAGCAGUUCCGGGAGACGGAUGUGGCCAAGAAAAUAAGCCACAUCUGUUUUGGCAUGAAGUCCCCUGAGGAGAUGCGCCAGCAGGCGCACAUCCAGGUUGUGAGUAAGAACUUGUACAGCCAGGACAACAACCAUGCCCCCUUGCUGUAUGGGGUGCUGGACCACAGGAUGGGUACAAGUGAGAAGGAUCGUCCUUGUGAAACCUGUGGAAAGAACUUGGCCGACUGUCUGGGCCACUAUGGAUAUGUUGACUUGGAAUUGCCUUGUUUUCACGUGGGGUACUUCAGAGCAGUUAUAGGCAUCUUACAGAUGAUCUGCAAAACCUGCUGCCACAUCAUGCUGUCCCAGGAGGAGAAGAAGCAGUUUCUGGAUUAUCUGAAGAGGCCAGGCCUGACCUACCUUCAGAAGCGAGGCCUAAAGAAGAAGAUCUCUGAUAAGUGCCGGAAAAAAACCAUUUGCCAUCACUGUGGUGCUUUUAACGGUACUGUAAAGAAAUGUGGAUUACUGAAGAUAAUUCACGAGAAAUACAAGACCAACAAAAAAAUGGUGGAUCCAGUUGUGUCAAAUUUCCUUCAGUCUUUUGAAACAGCCAUUGAACAUAACAAAGAAGUAGAACCACUGCUGGGAAGGGCCCAGGAAAACUUGAAUCCCUUAGUAGUUCUGAAUUUAUUUAAACGAAUCCCUGCUGAAGAUGUUCCUCUACUUCUAAUGAACCCGGAAGCUGGAAAACCCUCCGAUUUGAUUCUCACGCGACUUUUGGUGCCCCCUUUGUGUAUCAGACCCUCUGUUGUGAGCGAUUUGAAGUCUGGCACCAAUGAAGAUGAUCUGACAAUGAAAUUGACAGAAAUCAUUUUCCUAAAUGAUGUCAUUAAAAAGCAUCGAAUAUCUGGCGCCAAGACGCAGAUGAUCAUGGAGGACUGGGACUUCCUGCAGCUGCAGUGUGCCCUUUACAUUAACAGCGAGCUCUCAGGCAUUCCCCUCAACAUGGCACCGAAGAAGUGGACCAGAGGUUUUGUCCAGCGCCUGAAAGGAAAACAAGGACGAUUUAGAGGCAAUCUUUCAGGAAAGAGAGUGGAUUUUUCUGGCAGAACAGUCAUCUCACCUGACCCCAACCUCCGGAUUGAUGAGGUAGCAGUACCAGUUCAUGUGGCCAAAAUUCUAACUUUUCCUGAAAAGGUGAACAAAGCAAACAUCAAUUUUUUGAGGAAACUGGUUCAAAAUGGCCCUGAAGUUCACCCAGGAGCCAAUUUCAUUCAGCAGAGACAUACGCAUAUGAAAAGGUUUUUGAAAUACGGAAAUCGGGAAAAGAUGGCUCAGGAGCUCAAGUACGGUGACAUUGUCGAGAGACACCUCAUAGAUGGGGAUGUGGUGCUGUUCAACCGGCAGCCCUCGCUGCACAAACUGAGCAUUAUGGCUCAUCUGGCCAGGGUCAAGCCCCACCGGACCUUCAGAUUCAACGAAUGUGUCUGUACACCAUACAAUGCAGACUUUGAUGGCGAUGAAAUGAAUCUUCAUCUUCCUCAAACAGAAGAAGCUAAAGCAGAGGCCCUUGUUUUGAUGGGGACUAAAGCAAAUCUUGUAACCCCAAGAAAUGGGGAGCCACUGAUUGCUGCUAUUCAGGAUUUUCUAACAGGUGCCUAUCUGCUCACCCUUAAAGACACUUUCUUUGACCGAGCCAAGGCUUGCCAAAUCAUUGCUUCAAUCUUGGUUGGCAAGGAUGAGAAAAUUAAAGUUCGCCUUCCACCCCCUACAAUAUUAAAGCCUGUCACCCUGUGGACCGGAAAGCAGAUCUUCAGUGUCAUCCUCAGACCUAGUGAUGACAAUCCAGUGAGGGCCAACCUCCGAACCAAGGGCAAGCAGUACUGUGGCAAAGGGGAGGACCUGUGUGUCAAUGAUUCCUAUGUUACUAUCCAGAACAGUGAGUUGAUGAGUGGCAGCAUGGACAAAGGAACAUUGGGAUCAGGAUCCAAGAACAAUAUUUUUUACAUUUUGCUGCGAGACUGGGGGCAGAAUGAAGCUGCCGAUGCAAUGUCCCGGCUUGCCAGGCUGGCUCCUGUCUACCUCUCUAACCGGGGAUUCUCCAUUGGGAUUGGUGACGUCACACCUGGUCAAGGACUGCUAACGGCCAAAUAUGAGCUGCUGAAUGCUGGCUACAAAAAGUGUGACGAGUACAUCGAGGCCUUAAACACGGGCAAGCUGCAGCAGCAGCCCGGCUGCACUGCUGAGGAGACUCUGGAGGCAUUGAUCCUUAAGGAGCUGUCUGUGAUCCGGGACCAUGCGGGCAGCGCCUGCCUCCGAGAGCUCGACAAGAGCAACAGCCCCCUCAUCAUGGCACUUUGUGGCUCGAAAGGUUCCUUCAUCAACAUAUCACAGAUGAUUGCCUGUGUGGGACAGCAGGCCAUCAGCGGCUCUCGAGUGCCAGAUGGCUUUGAAAACAGGUCCUUGCCUCACUUUGAAAAACACUCCAAGCUCCCAGCUGCCAAAGGCUUUGUGGCUAAUAGCUUUUAUUCUGGUUUGACACCAACUGAGUUUUUCUUCCACACAAUGGCCGGCCGGGAAGGCCUGGUGGACACGGCCGUAAAGACAGCUGAAACAGGAUACAUGCAGAGACGGCUUGUAAAAUCCCUCGAAGAUCUCUGCUCACAGUACGAUUUGACAGUCCGCAGUUCUACCGGAGAUAUUAUCCAGUUCAUUUAUGGAGGAGAUGGCUUAGACCCUGCAGCUAUGGAGGGAAAAGAUGAGCCCUUAGAGUUUAAAAGGGUUCUGGACAACAUCAAAGCAGUCUUCCCGUGUCAGAAUGAGCCUGCUCUCAGUAAGAACGAGCUGACCUUGACCAUGGAGUCCAUCAUGCAGAAGGACGAGUUCCUCUGCUGCCAGGACAGCUUUCUCCAGGAAAUAAAAAAAUUCAUAAAGGGGGUUUCUGAGAAGAUCAAGAAAACCAGAGAUAAAUAUGGCAUCAAUGAUAACGGCACAACAGAGCCCCGCGUGUUGUACCAGUUGGACCGGAUCACCCCUACCCAGAUAGAAAAGUUUCUGGAGACCUGUAGGGACAAGUACAUGAGGGCCCAGAUGGAGCCGGGCUCUGCAGUGGGCGCCCUCUGUGCCCAGAGCAUUGGCGAGCCAGGCACCCAGAUGACCCUGAAGACUUUCCACUUCGCUGGCGUGGCCUCCAUGAACAUCACCUUGGGCGUGCCCCGCAUCAAAGAGAUCAUCAACGCCUCCAAGGCCAUCAGCACUCCAAUUAUCACAGCUCAGCUGGACAAAGAUGAUGAUGCCGAUUAUGCUCGCCUCGUGAAAGGGAGAAUUGAGAAAACCCUCUUGGGAGAGAUCUCAGAGUAUAUCGAAGAAGUGUUUCUUCCCGAUGAUUGCUUUAUUCUCGUCAAGCUCUCCUUGGAACGGAUUAGACUUCUGAGACUGGAAGUGAACGCUGAGACGGUGCGGUACUCCAUCUGCACGUCCAAGCUCCGUGUGAAGCCAGGCGAUGUGGCUGUGCACGGCGAGGCUGUGGUGUGUGUCACCCCCAGAGAGAACAGCAAGAGCUCCAUGUACUACGUGCUGCAGUUCCUGAAGGAGGACCUCCCCAAGGUGGUGGUGCAGGGCAUCCCAGAGGUGUCCCGAGCUGUCAUCCACAUCGACGAGCAGAGCGGGAAGGAGAAGUAUAAGCUUCUGGUGGAAGGCGAUAAUCUGCGGGCUGUCAUGGCCACACAUGGGGUGAAGGGCACCCGGACCACCUCCAAUAACACCUAUGAGGUGGAGAAAACCCUGGGCAUCGAAGCCGCCCGGACAACGAUCAUCAAUGAGAUCCAGUACACGAUGGUCAACCACGGCAUGAGCAUCGACAGGAGGCACGUGAUGCUGCUCUCGGACCUGAUGACGUACAAGGGUGAAGUCCUGGGCAUCACAAGGUUUGGCCUGGCAAAGAUGAAGGAGAGCGUGCUGAUGCUGGCGUCCUUCGAGAAGACAGCGGACCACCUCUUUGACGCUGCCUAUUUUGGGCAGAAGGACUCCGUGUGUGGAGUGUCUGAAUGCAUCAUCAUGGGAAUCCCAAUGAACAUUGGAACCGGGCUCUUCAAGCUGCUCCACAAGGCUGACAGGGACCCAAACCCUCCCAAGAGGCCCCUGAUCUUCGACACAAACGAAUUCCACAUCUCCCUUGUCACAUAGCCUGGGCACUCAGGAGUGAAGCGAGAUGACCUGGAGCCUUUCAGCGUCUGGGCCGGAGUUAAAUUACGGUGCUGGAUUUCUGUUGCAGCUUUAUCCACGUGUGCUCACAUUGAUUCACAUCUGAUUGAACCUGACACUGUAUAAUGAUAAUUUAUUCUUGCAUAUUUUCUGUCUCUUGGCAGAGCUCUUAUUUUUCUACCAGAACUCAAAAGAAGGAAAACUUGCUAUACAUUAAACUCUAGCAGAGUCAUCCUUGUGGGUUGUGAGACGGUGAUUGGGAUAUGCAUAGAGGCCUCCCUUGCCACAAGCCAGUGUCUGGGUGCUGGAGGUCAGCCAGUGAGUGCCCACUCUACCCCGCUGACUUAGAAAUGAGGGAGCUAGGCUCGCCUCCGGUGACGUAGCUGAUUCAAACCCAGUGGGAGGCAAUCAGAUGUCUCCUGAACUCAUGCACUGGAAGUAUUCCCUGGCUAGGCUUGGGUGCCUGGCUUAACAAUUCAUUCAUUCAUUCAUUCGUUCAACAAAUAUUGGUCAGAGGCACUGUUGUAGGUACUAGGAAUAUAGCAGUGUACAGGCAAAUCAGGUAUUCACUUAUUAAAGCAUCUAAAAAAGAAUUCUUCAGCAAAAGGAAGUAGAACAGGGAUUCAGGCUUAUACUUGGCACAAAUGUGUCCGUCACAGUCUGGGGUCAGAGCUGCAGAAUUGGAGGGCUUGAUUCUGGGGUAGACUUGACGCAUCAGGCCUCAUCCCGAUCCCUCUGAGCCUGCCCAGGCCCCUGGUUCCAAUGCCUCCCUCCAGAGGCCUUCAUGCCCCUAGUUUGCCUUCCUCUUGGGCCCCAGUUCUAGAGGGUCCCCUAAACAAAGAGCACAAGCCUGCAGUCACAAAAAGGAUGCUGCCAUCCUCUGCCCCCCCCAGCAUGUUAGCAUUGUCAAUGAGUGGACAUUUACAUGCAUGAAUAUUUGCUGAGUUGCUCUGUGCCAGGUGGUAUACCAGGUUCUGGGGAAGAAGCGGUGAUGACAAACCCAGCCUUCGUAUGGCUGGUGGCUAUCUAGUGUUUAAGAGCCUAGAUUCUCUGAUCAGAUGGUGGGAUUCAAAGCCCUCCUCCCUCUUUCUAGCCAAUAACCUCAGACUAAUGGCUUCAUCUCUUCUUGCUUCACUCUACUCGUCAUAAAAUCGGAAUAAUAAUAGUACCUAACUCAUAGGGUCACUGUGAGGUUUAAAUGUUAUUACGCAUACAAAGGUCUUAGCAUAGUGCCUGACACACAGGACACAUCCAUUAAACUUUUUCAGUUAUCGUGACUGUUACUGUUUUUACUGAAAAACAUUGUAAAUCCUGAUCCUUUUUAAUUCUCCCAGAUGGAGCUGUCCUUGGUGGCCUUGGGGAUCAGGCCUCCGUAGACAUAACUCCUGCCCCCACUGUCUGCUUAGUCAGUGUUUCCUGGGAAGUGUUUUACACUAGGAGAAAGAAGGCUGCGAAGGGGGCUGACGUUGGCAGUCGUGUUGUUGGGCUUCAACAUUUUAAUCUGGUAAAUGUGAUCUCAGAGUCGUGGGUGUAUGACCAGAAUAAAUGACAUAGAUAGGUUGAUUGGUUUUUAUAUAGAGAUAUGGAUAUUUAUGUAUUUAUUUAGAUAGAUUCAUCAUGCAACAGAGUGUCCCAUGAGGUAUAACUUAACUUUUUUUUCUUUUAACAGAGAAGUUGCCAUUUUAAAGUCAUUAGUAAAGGAUGUAUUAAGAAAAUGGUAAUAGUGGUUGCUUCCGGGGAUAAGAACUGAGUGACUGAAGGAUGGAGGAGAGGUAGGAGGUGACUUAUUUUUCGCUCUGUGGUCUUUUGUACCUUUCUAAGUUGGUACCUGCUGAAGGGAUUGUCAUUUUGUUUGUUUAGUCAAUAUCUGAUGUUAAGGAAACCAGGUCAUCUCGGAGCAGGCUUUGCCCUGGGAAGUCCUUGAGCGUCUGCUCUGGAAGUAGUUGAGUGGCCCCUUCCAGUUACGAGAAAUUGAAGCAGGGAGACGCCAGCUGCUCUGGAGAAGGGGUAUUGUUACCAGUUACGGCAAAAAACCAAAGACCAAACCCGCUGCCUUCGAGUUGAUUCUGACUCAUAGCGACCCUG